CCGCACGGCACUCUCUUUGGGCCUUGACCAUAUCAGUCUCUUUGUCGAAUUUCACUCAUCUCAUCUUUGACAAGCUGGUGGUUGUUUUGAAAAUCAGUGUUUUGGUCGCGAGCGCGCAUCUGUUACUCGCGUCUAGCGACAUCCUCAACUUAUCCAUCCCGAAUGAUCUAUAGUGUUUGCAAACCGCCUCAUCCGUCGACACUCGUUUCGUCUCUCCAGUAAAGCUGCGUUUCCACGACAUACUAAGAACUCACCUUUCGUAUCAACCGCAUUCUCAUCGGACGCUGCAUCACACGACACAACAACAGGCGCGUCCAGCCACUUCAGCCAGUCCUACCAUCAAACCCGAUCGUCUGGACUCUGACAUAUUCUGGAACAUUCUCAUCGCAUUCGCAUCUUUUACUUACAUCUUUUUCCACAAGUCGAUCAAACGUCAUCGAUAUGCUCCGACGCGCCCCAACUACGAUUACUCUGACUCAGGCCGACAUCGAGCAGUGGGAAGCUGGUCGACAACGCAGACUCCACGAGGCUCAACAGAAGCUCGAAUCUGAGGUGGCCGCAAACCAAACCGCUGCUGACGGAAAGUCUAAAGAGUCUAGACAGAGGUCUACAAAGGACCGCAUUAUGGGUGGAACUGGACAGGGCCGCUGAGUAGACCUUUGCAAGCCAUUAAGUUGUCGACAGUCUCUCUUGGCCUUUGGUCAUCGCUCAGUUCUCGAGUUGAUAUUUGGCUCGACGUUCUGAUUUGAUCAAGCGAUGCUCAAAAGCUCUCUGUCCGUAACGAACGAAUGUUUUGGCUUUGUAUCACCACGGGUUUGGGAACUUCUUCGGCGUUGUUGGCAGAUGCCCACAACUGUACCCUUACCACCAACGAUUUG